AUGGCGUUAAAGGUCGAUCUUCCUUAUUUUGAAAUGAAAAAUACAUCUAGAGCAGAAGCAUUUAUUAAAUUUAUAGACUGGUAUCUGAAGUGCGAAAAAGAUAAGAAUGGUAAUAAGAUAACAGAAAAUGUGAAAAUUCAAAAAUUUCUAACAAGACUAGAUUUGGAUGCAUGGACUAAAGUGAAAGAUGAAAUAUCAGUGUAUUCUAUAGAAAUGAGCAAGAAAGAGAAAAAUCUCAAAAUUGAUGAUUAUAUAGAGGUGUUUAAAAAAUUAUAUAUGAAGGAGAAAAACAAUUACAUUGAAUUGGUGACAAUGUUAAAAUCAAUAAACGAGAAGGAAGCAGAUGUUGAUAAGUUGUAUGAGGAAAUCACAUCAGUUUUGAGAAAGACAAAGAUGUCUUCGAUCACGAUAGAAGAGUUAGGUGCACUUCUUAUGAUUCUGAAGUUCGUAGCACCAGAAACGAUAGAACCAUUAAUUUUAAAGAAAGCUGCAGAGGAAAGAAGGAACAAUAAAUUAGAAAGAAGGGAUAAAUUAAUUAACAAUGAAGCAAUAACAAAUUUAGGAGAGAGAUACUUAGAUGUUAGGGUAAAAGAUGGGUUAAUUAAACUAGGAAAUCAGUAUCUGAUUCCAUGUAAUCUUCAUCAGCGUUGUCUAGAAAUUCUGUAUGUAGCGCAUCAAUCAGCCGCAGUGAUGAAGAAAUUAGCCUGUCAAUUCUGGUACUGGAACACAAUGUCUAAAGAUAUACAAGAAGUUUAUGAGAAGUGUGAAAUUUGUAGAGAAAAUAAAAUAAUGCCAAAUAAAUCCCCACCAUUUAUGGAAAUCUUAAUGUAUCCAAUGGAAAGAGUGCAUAUAAAAAUUAAGAAAUGUUUUUCUACAUAUUUUUUAGUAAUUCAGGAUAGUUUCUCAAGAUAUUUGAAUAUUUUCCAGUUAAAAAACAUGUCAGCAGCAGAAUGUAUAUCAUGUUUAAAUCGAGCAUUUUCUUAUUUAGGUUAUCCAACUUUAAUAUUUUCUGACCAAGGAAGACAAUUUAUAUCUCAAAAUAUUAAAACUUUUAUAAGUAAAAAUAGUAUUACUUGGUUUUUCAGGGGAGCUGGUCAUCAAUCCUCUAACGAAGCAGCAGAAAGAAGUAUCCAGACGGUUAAAAGAAUGAUGAAGAAGAUGUAUAAACCAGGAUGUGAUUUAGAAGAACUUUUUAUAAAAAUAAAAGUAAAUGUAAACAAAGUACCUUCAGAGAAAAGAGAUAAUUCUCCAAACAAUCUCCUUUUUAAAUAUAACUGCCAUAGUUUAAUAAGAACAAAUAAAUAUUUGGAGGAUAUUCCAAAAUAUAAAAUAGGCAGUUUGGUUAAAUUUCGGUUAUCAAAAGAAAAAAAAUGGGAAAAUGGAAGAGUUUUAAAAAUUCAUGGUUCAAAAUUAUAUGAUAUUGAGGAUAAUAGAAAUCACAUAAGAUUUAUGUACCAAGACAAUAUGAUUGAAGCUACAGAAAAUCUCAAUAGUUUAUUCUAUGAUGAUAAAAUUAACAAACAAAAUACAGUAGAGAAUGAUCUAAAAAUUAAAAAAAGAAAGAAGUAUGGGAAGAGAAAGGCAAAGAAAAGAUUAUAUUCCUCAUUGAAACAUCUAAUGAUAACUCGUACUAAAAAAAAGAAAGGGCAUAAAAGUAACAAAGAUCUUGGAACUAAAGUUAAAUAUCUAUCUCAAGCCAAUAGAAAACUAGUAGCUAUUAAAUCUAAUGUUCGAUCUUAA